AUGGCUCGUCUGAGCUUCCUGCUGCUCGGCGCUCUCUCCGCGCUCAGCGGCUUUGCCACUGCCAGCUCCGCCGUUACGGACCUGAUCCCCAGCAACUUCGACCAGGUCGUCCUGAAGUCGGGCAAGCCCGCUCUCGUCGAAUUCUUCGCCCCUUGGUGCGGCCACUGCAAGACCCUUGCCCCUGUCUACGAGGAGCUCGCCUCUGCUUUCGCUUUCGCCGAUGACAAGGUCACAGUCGGCAAGGUCGACGCCGAUGAGCACCGUGAACUGGGCAAGCGCUUCGGCGUUCAGGGCUUCCCUACCCUGAAGUGGUUCGAUGGCAAGAGUGAUAAGCCGGAGGAGUAUCAGGGUGGCCGUGACCUGGAGAGCUUGACCAAGUGGAUUUCCGACAAGACUGGCAUUAAGCCGCGCGGUGCCCAGAAGGAGCCCAGCAAGGUGGAGUUCCUGAACGACGCCACGUUCAAGACAACUGUUGGUGGAGAUAAGGAUGUCCUGGUUGCCUUCACUGCGCCGUGGUGUGGCCACUGCAAGACUCUCGCUCCUGUCUGGGAGACCCUCGCCAAUGACUUCGCUCUCGAGACCGACAUCGUGAUCGCUAAAGUUGAUGCCGAAGCUGAGAAUGCUCGCGCCCUGGCCAAGGAGCAGGGCAUCACUGGCUACCCUACCAUUAAGUUCUUCCCCAAGGGAUCGACCGAACCCGAGGCGUACUCUGGCACCCGCUCGGCGGAGGGCUUCACCGAUUUCCUGAACGCUAAGACCGGUUCUAACCGCGCCGUUGGCGGUGGCCUGAACAGCAAGGCUGGUACUAUUGCUGCGCUGGACAAGCUGGUGGCCGAGUACGUGCCCGCCCAGAAGUUCGAGCAGCUCGCCACCGAGGUCAAGAAGGCGGCCCAGGGUCUGCAGGACAAGUACGCGCAGUACUACGUCAAGGUUGCAGACAAGCUGAGCGAGAACCAGGAGUAUGCCUCCAAGGAGCUGGCUCGCCUGGUCAAGGUGCUUGGCAAGGGCGGCUCUGCCCCCGAGAAGGUCGAUGACCUUGUUUCGCGCAGCAACAUCCUGCGCGCCUUCGCUGGCGAAAAGGAGCCGAAGGAUGAGCUGUAA